UGUUCCUUUGUCAUCGCUGUCUCUGACUUCCCUGUCUUCCUCCUCCUCCUUCCUUCCUUUUUGCUUUUCCGUCGUUUUUUCUCCGCCGGGUUCUCCUCUCUCACCACCACUCUCAUCUCCAGUUAGGUCAUCCUAAAGGUGAUUGCUUUUCACAAGCUCACUAAAGCAGCAGCACUUGCCAAACUCUGAAGAUCGUGUGUGUAGAUUAAAGUUCAAGUCUUUACCAUUUAGGAGAAGUUCUCGUUAGAUCUGGGAAGUGUAAUUAAUCAGAAAAAGAGCAGUGCCCCAUCUUAAAAAAGUUUGAAACUUUACGUUUGCAACCGGCUGGUUUUAAUUGAUGGUUUCGACGGCGGCGGCGGCAAGGACCUCCGGGGGUUUUGAUUAUAGAUGACGAACGGUGAGGAUCGAAGAGGGUGGUGGUGUGGUUCUGGUGAUUGUUUCACAUUGAAUGGCAGAUCUUGUGUCCUCCUACAACACUAAUGCUUCUGACCACAACCUUGAACAAGCACUGAAUGCAUUGAAGAAGGGAACUCAACUUUUGAAAUAUGGUCGCAAAGGAAAGCCCAAGUUUUAUCCUUUCAGACUAUCUACUGAUGAAAAAUCUUUGAUCUGGAUAUCAAGUAGCGGUGAAAAGCGACUUAAGCUAGCUUCUGUAUCUAAAAUUGUACCUGGGCAAAGAACUGCUGUUUUCCAGCGCUAUCUUCGCCCGGAGAAAGAUUACUUAUCCUUCUCUCUCUUAUACAACGGAAAAAAGAAGUCUCUCGACUUGAUUUGUAAGGACAAGGUUGAGGCUGAGGUUUGGAUCGGAGGUCUUAAAACAUUAAUAUCAGGUGGACUAGGCGGUCGUUCAAAGAUUGAUGGCUGGAGUGGCCGAAACAUCUCAGUUGAUGCCAGCAGAGACUUGACAUCUAGCAGUCAAAGCAGCAGUUCUGCCAGCGCUUCACAGGGUCACAGCUCUCCUGGGACUCCUUUUCAUCACUUCGAUCCAGUUGCUUCUCCUAAGAGUACUGAGCCUGAGGUUCCUUCACAUGUUGUUGCAUUGGACACCAAAAACAUGCAGACAAAGGUAUCUGGUUCAGAUGGUUUCCGAGUCAGCGUCUCUAGUGCGCAGAGCAGCUCUAGUCACGGCUCUGGAGGAGAUGACUCCGAUGCUCUAGGAGACGUGUACAUUUGGGGCGAGGUUAUAUGCGACAGUGUCGUCAAGGUUGGGAUCGAUAAGAACGCAAGUUAUCUAACCACGAGAACGGAUGUCCUUGUCCCGAAGCCAUUAGAGUCAAACAUUGUCUUAGACGUUCAUCAGAUUGCGUGUGGUGUAAGGCACGCUGCGUUUGUGACGAGGCAAGGUGAGGUUUUCACUUGGGGUGAAGAGUCUGGAGGAAGACUAGGUCACGGUAUUGGCAAAGAUGUUUUCCACCCUCGUCUUGUUGAAUCUCUCGCAGCUACUACUACUUCAUCUGUUGACUUCGUUUCCUGUGGAGAGUUCCACACAUGCGCUGUUACUCUAACCGGAGAGCUCUAUACUUGGGGUGACGGUACGCAUAACGUUGGCCUUCUAGGGCACGGCUCUGAUGUAAGCCACUGGAUACCGAAGAGAAUCGCUGGUCCUCUAGAAGGACUCCACGUGGCUUCUGUGACUUGUGGACCUUGGCAUACCGCUUUGAUAACAUCGCACGGGAGGCUUUUCACUUUUGGAGAUGGAACGUUUGGUGUGUUGGGACACGGUGACAAGGAAUCGGUUCAGUAUCCAAGAGAAGUCGAGUCUUUAUCAGGUCUGAGAACUAUCGCUGUUUCGUGCGGGGUUUGGCACACUGCUGCUGUUGUUGAGAUCAUUGUGACACAGUCAAACUCGAGCUCUGUGUCUUCUGGAAAGCUCUUCACUUGGGGUGAUGGAGACAAGAACCGUCUCGGACACGGUGACAAGGACCCUCGUCUUAAACCAACGUGCGUCCCUGCGUUGAUCGAUUACAACUUCCACAAAAUUGCGUGUGGACAUAGUUUGACAGUUGGUUUGACAACGUCUGGACAAGUGUUCACCAUGGGGAGUACGGUCUACGGCCAGCUCGGGAAUGUACAGACAGACGGGAAGCUACCGUGUUUGGUUGAAGACAAGCUCGCAAGUGAGUUCGUUGAAGAGAUCUCUUGCGGAGCGUAUCACGUGGCUGCCUUAACUUCUAGAAACGAAGUGUACACGUGGGGUAAAGGAGCUAACGGGAGACUAGGCCAUGGUGAUCUAGAGGAUCGAAAAGUGCCGACUCUCGUGGAAGCUUUGAGAGACAGACACGUCAAGUACGUUGCUUGCGGAUCAAACUACACUGCGGCUAUAUGUCUGCACAAGUGGGUCUCAGGUGCCGAGCAGUCUCAGUGCUCAGCCUGUAGACUGGCUUUUGGUUUCACGAGGAAACGGCAUAACUGCUACAACUGUGGACUCGUGCAUUGUCAUUCGUGCAGUUCCAAGAAAGCGUUUAGAGCUGCGUUGGCUCCGAGCGCGGGGAGACUGUACCGUGUGUGCGACUCUUGUUAUGUUAAGCUCGGCAAAGUGUCUGAGAUCAGCGAGACGACGAACAGGAGGAACAGUGUCGUGCCUCGUCUUUCCGGGGAGAACAAGGAUAGAUUGGAUAAGUCUGAGAUAAGGUUAGCUAAGUUUGGUGGAUCGAAUAUGGACUUGAUCAAGCAGUUGGAUAGCAAAGCUGCUAAACAAGGAAAGAAGAGUGAUAAUUUUCGCAACUCUCAGCUGCCUUCUUUGUUGCAGCUGAAAGAUGCGGUGCAGUCUAAUAAUGUAGGAAGGUCUACUCCAAAGCUAGGUCAGGCUCCUUCAGGUAUUAGCUCCAGGUCGGUGUCACCUUUCUCUAGGAGGUCUAGUCCUCCACGCUCUGCCACUCCUAUGCCUUCAACUUCGGGUAUCUAUUUCCCUGUUGGUGUGGCGGAUAAUAUGAGGAAGACAAAUGAGAUGUUGAAUCAGGAGAUCAUUAAAUUAAGAACACAGGUUGAUAGUCUGACUCAAAAGUGUGAAGUCCAAGAAGUAGAGCUCAAGAAGUCGGUUAAGAAGACUCAGGAAGCCUUAGCAUUGGCAGAGGAAGAAUCUGCCAAGUCAAGAGCCGCAAAAGAAGCAAUAAAGUCGCUCAUAGCGCAGCUCAAGGAUGUAGCUGAGAAGUUGCCUCCUGGUGAGAGCAUAAAACUCGGAUUAGACCAGAACGGUUUCCAUUUCCCUGAAGAAAACGGUUUCCAUUCAUCAAGAUCAGAGUCAAUGACUUCCUCUGUAUCUUCAGUUGCUCCUUUUGACUUCUCCUUUGCGAAUGCAUCUUGGUCCAAUCUCCAAUCACCAAAGCACACGCCUAGAGCAGGCGAAAGAAACAACAACAACGGUUAUCCCUCAGACCCACGUCUUAGCAGCAGCGGGUCAGUAAUCAGUGAGAGACACGAGCCUUUCCAGUUCCAUAACAAUGGUUCUAGCCAAACAGGAGCUGACAACAAUACUAAUGAGGUCGAAGCAGAGUGGAUAGAACAGUAUGAGCCUGGCGUGUAUAUAACCCUUGUUGCUCUCCAUGAUGGAACUAGAGAUCUAAGAAGAGUCCGGUUCAGUCGAAGAAGAUUUGGAGAACACCAAGCUGAGACAUGGUGGUCGGAGAAUAGAGAAAAAGUGUAUGAGAAAUAUAAUGUGAGAGUGUCGGAGAAACAAACAGACAGAGAUGGAGAAGAAGACGUUGCUCAGUAGUAGUUAUAAAAAUGUUUGUAUGGCUUUGCCCCUUAAGUUUUUUAGUUUCUCUAGUUUCGUCCGGAAACUCUUACAAUUAUUCAACUUAACUCUUUUUCUCCGUCCUUUUAAAUGUAUGUGGUAUAUAUAAAAGAGACCAUCUGUUCUCGGAUCA